AGGAGGAGAGUUGUGGUUGUUUAUUUCAAGAUUUUCUGGUGUUUUAAACAUGCAGUUCGACGGUAUUCUCUUUACCAUUGCGGUGUUGUGGGCAUCCCUGCUACCAGGUGAGUGCGUGACGGGCGGGAAAGAGGCUGUGGCCCAUUCGCGACCGUACAUGGCAUCGGUGCAGCAGCAGGGAGGAAAGCACGAAUGUGGCGCGUUCCUCAUCAGCAACCAGUGGCUCCUGAGUGCGGCUCACUGCUUCGUGGAUGGAGCUGGGGGUCGAACGGUUGUUGUUGGAGUGCAUUCUUUGUCAGGAGAGGAAGCCACUAAGGAGACAUUUCAAAUUUCAGCUGUGUACAACCACCCAGACUUCAACACUGAAAAUUACGACAAUGACAUUGCAUUGAUCAAGCUCGACGGCCCCGUGGUGGAGAGCGAGGCGGUGAAGCCCCUGUCCUAUCAGGGGGCGGUGGCCGAGCCUGCGGAGGGGGCCGAGGUGGAAACGGCCGGCUGGGGCUCCCUCAACAACCUGGGCUCCCGGCCAGACAAGCUGCAUGAGCUCGCCAUCAGCGUCAUGAGCCGCGUCCUGUGCGGCCGCAGCGACUACUACGGCACCAACUUCUCCAAGAACAUGCUGUGUGCCGCCCGCAAGCGCAAGGACACCUGCGAUGGUGACUCUGGAGGCCCCCUGCUGUAUGGUGGCGUUGCGGUGGGCAUCACGUCUAACGGCGGUAAGAAGUGCGGCUCCAGCAGGAAGCCGGGCCUCUACACCAUCAUCUCCCACUACAGCUCCUGGAUCCAGGACACCAUGACCGCCAACGCCUAGUGGUGUCACACACACAACUCACCUCCAUGGCGGCCAUGCCUAUGGUGUCACACACAGCUCACCUCCAUGGCCGCCAUUCCUAGGUGGUGUCACUCACACACACAUCAUUCACUAGCAUGGCCACCAACACAUGCAUCACACGCAACACACGCAUGUAGGUGUCAAGUAGGUGGCAAGUAGGUGUCACACGCAACUCACCACUACCGCCCACCAACGUCUUAGUCUACACUAGGAACACAUGCAACCCAAUUUGGCAAAGCGAAGUGAAAUUCGCCCUUCAUUCCUAUCACACAAGCAAAGUGGGCCGAAGGCCUGCAGCGUCAACAACGUAAAUGUUUCAAUCGAUUUGAUUCGCUACUACAACCUGUUGACCGUUGAGCUAAGCUGCCAGAAUGAACCAAUGAUUUUCACUUCUCUUCGCUUCACUCAUUUCGCCUCCAUGUAUCCCUGCUGUUAGGUGCUGUCACAUAGUAGGCCUACUCACCAUCACAACCCAGCUGUCACACUGCUUACAAAACCACAAGAACGAGUCUGUGUAUAGUGGGAAAGGGCUUGACAUCUAACUUCAAAAGUCUUAGAAAACUUUGAAAAUUCAUUUUUUACGUGUAUAUGUCUUAUCAAUAUACUGAAGUUCAGAGAUUGUGCCAGCCUUAAAUGCACUGUUCACACUCACAGGUCAAUACAAAUCUGGAUGUUUACUUUGAUGGCUAAUAUUCAGGUAGAUCACUUGUGGGGUGAUUGCUUUUGGUGACAUGACGAUGAGAAAGUGGUUACGUGGUCCGGAAAACCAAAUGUACAUGUCCUUGUAUGUUAUGUCUUGAAAUAAUACGAUUUUGUCAGGAUUUUUUUUCUCAACCAGAACAAAAGAGCAAAGUUCUGUAACUCUUGCAGUCUCCGAUUCUGUUGUAAGUAGAGGUCCUCAAUGAGUUAUAGAAAGAAUCUCCAUAACCACAACGACAUCAUUCUACAGAGACCCAAAAUACACCAAACUGUCCAAACCAUCUUUAUUAUAACAACCAAACAUACUAAAGCUUUACAGGAGAAGAAAUAUUAGAGACCAUCACCGUUUUUGAGCUAAUUUCUUCAUGUAUGAUGAGACACGACUGAAAGACUCUGGCUGAUGGUACUGCUGAUGUUCUGCACAAGUUUUUAUAAUAAACAUUUCAGAGGACUGUG